AUGGCGGCUAGCUUGCCCAAAAGCACCGAGAGCAAGUUGACCAGCGCCUACGAAGCCGUUGCGCUGGCGGCUCAUGCCGGCAUGAUUGCGGUAGGCUUCCGCCUUAUCGGGCUGGGCGAGGACGACAGAAUUGACGCGUCCGCAGACGCCGAGAACCCCCAACCGCUACCGACAGCUUGGAACGCCCACAACACAUACGCCUUCCGCUACGCACACUCACAGUCUGCCCUCGAGUACAUCAUCAAAGUCAAUCGGCUAGGAGGCAAAGCGGUCGUCUUCGGCCUCGGUGUAGGCGACGACAAAACCGCGACCUUCGAUGUCGCCGUCAAGGACUACAUCUCAGAGGGCUCCCUGCCCGUCUCAGUAUCCAAUGACACACUGGUGGAAGACCUGGCGAAAAGGCUGCAGGACGUCUUCAUUUCACAAGGCCGCCUCUCCGACUUUGGCACCCUGCUCAAGCUGUCCAUAAUCCAGAAGCUGGCGCCUAGUCUGGACAAGGAGGGUUACGAGGAGACGCGCACACAGGACGAACGCGACGCCGGCCGCGUGCGCGAACAGCCGCGACAAGGCGAGCCCUCACAACCACGCCGUCCACCCGAGGAUCCCGAACCCGCUCGUCCCUACCCGAUCGUCGACCCGCUCGCGCAGCCCCGCCAGCCGGGCCGCCCUCUCCCUGAGCCAAUGCCAGGCUUCGAAGACGAGUACGAGAUUAAUCGCCCACCCCGCGGGGGCCUGCGCGACGACAGACAACCCAGAGGUUACGGGCACGACGACCUCUAUCCGCAGGGUCUUGGCCCACACGACCCUCUCCGUCCUCAUUUUGGCGGUGGACUGCCGCGCCCUGGCGGUAUGGGCGGCGGCAUGCACCCCACCUUCGAUGAUCCAAUGUUUGGCGGUCAAGGCGGUGGUCAAGGCGGAUACGACCCUAUGGUGCCGCCUGGCUCGAGAUACGAUCCGGUCGGACCUGGAGGCGCGCCGCGCGAUAAUCGAGGAGGCCCACGAUUCCCUGGCGGAGGAGGCUUCGGGGGCCUAGGCGGUGCUGGCGGGCGGCCGCCGAAUCCCUUUGGUGGGUAUGGCGAUGGGGAUUUCAUAUGA